AUGCAUGAUCAUGAUAAGGUUAUCUACUCAGAAAAUAGUGAUACUAAUACCCAAUCCAAAAUUGACAAAACGAAAAAACAAAAGAGACAACAAAUUGCAUGUUUAGAAUGUAGGAAAAGACACAUUAAAUGUCCUAAUGGGAAUCCAUGUUUCAAAUGUUUGAAGAAUAAUUUAAAAUGUGAAUAUAUUGAGCCCUCAAGGAAAAUUGUCAUUUCUAUGAAAUACUUAUCCAAUUUGCAAGAUAGUCUAGUCGAUCUAAAACGUGAAAACGUCAGAUUACAAUCACUGAUCUCAAAAUCAGGUGAUAAUAAUAGCAAUAAUAAUAACAAUAAUAAUAAUAAUAAUAAUAAUAAUGGUAACGAUAAUGGAUCAUGUUUAUUGCCAAAAAAUGAUGAUGAAGACGAUGAAAAUGAAUCUCAAUGGAUAUUAGAAAGUGAGGAUUAUGACAUAAAUGAACAAGAAAUAGUUUCGUCCUUUGCACAAAGAAGUGGCAGAAUUCUUGAAUCUUCUGCCGGUCAAACUUCAUUUGUAGGAUCUUCUUCAAUGACUUUGUUUGGUUUGGAAAUCCAAUCACUAAUCUCAAAAUACAUUUCAAAUAAAAAUUUUAGACCACUACCAGUAAUUAAACAAAAUGUGCUCGACAAUAGUGCGAUACCAAAUUCGUUACCGAUACAAAAGAUACACAAGAUUAGUGAUCAAAGUUUUCAAAUUCUGACUAAUUCUUCAACACUUUUACAGGUUAAUUUGCCGGGUUAUUCAUAUUCUAUGCUUCUGAUAGAUACAUUUCUGUCUUAUAAUGACGGUUGUUUUUACUUUUUCAAUGAAGGCAUGAUAAAAAAUGAUUUAAAGACACUGUUUAUAACCGGAAAUUUUAUCUUCCCAAAGGACGACAUCUUACAAGCAAUAUGCUUUUGUAAAAUUCUCCUAAUAUUUGCUAUAGGCGAAGUGUACUAUGGUUUAAAUGAAUCAAAACAAAAGGAUCAAAAUUUACCUGGGUUGAAGUACUUCAAGCAGGCUUCCCAGAUUUUUGAUUUACUGUUUUCUACAAUUAACCUGGAAUACGUCACUAAAGAAGGCGGUAUAGAAACAUUAUUGUUGUAUGCCUUCUAUUUACAAGUAGCAGAUUCUACAGUUUCAUCUUAUUUCUAUUUUGGUCAGGCUUUAAGGACUUGUUUGAUUUUGGGACUACAUGUAGACUCACAGAGUGAUUCAAUAGAUAGAUUCAAAUUAGAACAUCAUAGAAGAUUAUGGUGGACUGUUUAUAUGUUUGAAAGAAUGCUCAGUAGUAAGGCUGGUUUACCAUUAUCUUUUACUGAUAAUACAAUAUCCACUGAAUUACCAAAUGAUUUCGAUAUGUCUAAUCCUCCAAAUGAGUGCGAACAUUAUAUCUUUCCUAAAGCAGAAUAUAUCUCAAGUUGUGUUAAAAUUGUGAGGGUGAAUGCAAAUAUUUUGAGUCAAUUAUACCAACGACAACCGAAACAUAACAUUUUACCAGUUUUACAAAAGAUAAUGAAGAAUUUGUCAUCAUGGAGAAAUGAAUUGAGUGACAACUUACAAGUCGAUUUUAAUUUAAAUGAUGGUAACGAAAAUUUCAGAAUAUCAAGAUUUCAUGUAAAUAUGUUUACAGAAUAUUUCCAGGGAAUUAAUCUUGCCAUUCGACCUUUGUUAUUUCAUUUCUUUUCAAUUCAAAUGAAAACAUUCAAGAAUGAAAAAAACAAAUCGUAUCUAAAUUUAUCGAACUAUUCAGAUUCAAUGACAACAUUAUUGAAUUACUCAUUACAGGCAUCGAUCAAUACAAUAAGAUCUCUUUGGGCGUUAAUGAAAGAUAAAAUGGUGGCAUUGUUUGGAUACAUGGACAGGGAGUAUCUCUUUACGUCGUCGUGCACAUUAUUAUUAUUUAAUGCUACAUUUGGUAUCCAUGAACAAACAAAUAAAUAUAUUGAUUCCGCACUAGUGAUUUUUGCAAAGAUGAAAAAUUUAGGCAAUAACCCUGCUGUAUUGAGAAGGGCACAAUUACUGACAUUGAUGAUUAAUUUGGACUUCCAUGGGUUGAUGAAAGAUUUGAUAGUAAGACAUACUACAGAAGAUGAAUUUAUGGGUACUAAUUCAGCAGAUGGAAAUUCACAAUUCGAUAUGCCGAUUAAUGAACUAGAUGUACUAUUUAAUAGUAAUAGCGGCGUCAAUAUUAUCAGUAGUAUCGGCGAACAAUUUAAUUUGAGUAAAAAUGGCAACAAAAUCAUAGAAAAAAAUGUUGAUCAAUUGGAUCCUAUCAAGAAUAAUCUCGAUAAUGAUGAAUUAUCGAGCAUUUUAGAUAAUCUGAAUCAAAAGGAUAAUAAAUUGUGGAAAGAGAUUUCAGAUCAAGCAAUGUGGUUAGGUCAGACCAUGGACCCCACUGCAGCUGCAGGAACGGAGAUUGAUUUUGGAGAAUUCUUUUUAGAUAGUCCAUUCAGUAAAUAA